CAUGCAAGCCGGUGAGUUGUUUGAAAACGAAUGAAGCCUUGGUAGGGUUCAGUUCCUUCAAACAAGGAAGCAGGAAUUUUCAAUGAGGAUUUACGCUGCCAGAAAGGAGAAAAACCAAGAAAAUUCUAGAUGACAUCUCUCCACAUUAGCAGGCUCAAAUAAGUCACUGCUGUAGAUGGAGGUGAUUUACUGGGGACGACAGAAGCAGAACGAGAUUUUCUGUGCAGCAGAAUGCAAUGGUUGUUAGUUGCGUUACCAUCUUAGCCUGCUAGCAUGUCUUGACGUUGAGAGGGCAAGUUCAGCUAUAACGUUACGUAUAAACUACCUUUCUACAGUUUGACAUUUAUAUUUUGGUUCGUGUAAAAUAUCUCUAUUUCGCUAGCUGGAGCUUAUGGCAUUGUAAUUUCCACUAACCUAUUUGAAAAGGGCCGGCUGCUUGGAUAGCUUGUUUCGCAAGGUAACUAGUAAUGAGCAGUUUUACGAACAAGACCCCUUUCAUAAGCCCACCGCAGAGUCCUGUAAACAGUAGCUCCUCUGUCGGCGCCAGGGACUGGGAGCUGGGUAAUGGUGUGUUUGCUUGCUGCUGUGAUGACCCGGCCGUCAGGGGAAUGCAGGCGGGUCUGGAGAGGCAUGUGCCGCUCCUCCGCGGUCAUCGCCGUGCUUCACAGGACGGUAUGACGCUGGGCCUGGAGGAGGCUUAUCCAGCCUGCCACAGUCACACUCCGGCAGGCGGGUACCUCGACCCCGGUCACCUGGAUUACAACGAGAACGAUGGAAACAUCAGUCCGCUGGAAAACAGGAAAAGAAAUCGCUCGACCGCUUCCAGGCAUCGGUUUGAGGUUACUGAACUGGGACCGGAGGAGGUUCGAUGGUUUUACAAGGAGGACAAAAAAACUUGGAAACCGUUUGUCGGGCACGAUUCCCUCAAAAUUGAGCUCAUGUACCGUAAAUUCAGUGAACUCAAUCCUGGCAACCUCAACCAGGUAAACAGAUACACAAAUGUACGUGAAGGAGUCGACGCGCAGAAAGAGGAGGCCGGUUCUCCGGUGCCGAACGUGGUAGAAACGUCCAGACAAGCGUCAGCUGUACCAAGAACUCGAGUCAGUGAGGAGAGACCCUCGGAAGAGGGGUCCGAGUCGGCCGAGGAACGGGAUGUUUAUAUCAGCAGAAAUGCUGAAGCUGUGUGUGUGCGAGGAGGACUCUACGAGGUGGAUGUCAAAGAGAAAGAGUGUUAUCCUGUGUACUGGAACCAGCAAGACCAUAUCCCGGUGAUGAGGGGCCAGUGGUUCAUAGAUGGCACGUGGAUGCCCAUGGAGGAGGAGGAGAGUGACCUCCUUGAGAAUGAGCAUCUGAACUGCUUCCGUGGUCAGCAGAUGCAGGACACGUUUGAGAAUGACGUGGUGGCCAAACCAGUGGACAGCAAAGAUGCCAUCCACAGCCUGAAGUUGAGUCGGAGCCACGUCGACUGGCACAGCGUGGACGAGGUCUACCUCUACAGCGAUGCCACCACCUCCAAGAUCGCCCGCACUGUCACCCAGAAGCUGGGCUUCUCCAAAGCGUCCAGCAGUGGCACCAGGCUCCACCGGGGCUACGUGGAGGAGGCGUCCCUGGAGGAUAAGCCUCCGCACACCACCCACAUCGUCUUUGUGGUGCACGGCAUAGGACAGAAGAUGGACAAAGACCGCAUCAUCAAGAACACGGGCAUGCUGCGAGAAGCUGUGAGGAAGAUGGAGGAGAAACACUUUGCGGCGGAGCAUUCAGAGGAGCAUGUGGAGUUCCUGCCAGUGGAGUGGCGCUCUAAGCUGACCCUGGACGGAGACACGGUCGACUCCAUCACCCCUGAUAAGGUGCGAGGUUUAAGAGAUCUACUGAACAGCAGUGCCAUGGACAUCAUGUACUACACCAGCCCUCUGUACAGAGAUGAGAUCACUAAAGGCUUAACCCAGGAGCUAAAUAGACUCUACUCGCUGUUCUGCUCACGCAACCCCGAGUUUGAGGAGAUGGGAGGCAAAGUGUCCAUCAUCUCGCACUCGCUGGGCUGUGUGAUCGCCUACGACAUCAUGACGGGCUGGGACCCCAUGCGAUUCCGCCUGCAGGAGCAGCAGGAGGCUGACGAGGAGGUGCUGCGCUGGAUGAGCUACGAAGAGCGCCACCUGCUGGAGCAAGUGCUGCUCACCCGACACAGGUUGCGAGAGCUGGAGGAUCAGCUUCAGGGGCUGGAGGCCUCCAGAACUUUAGCCUUUCCUCCACUGAAGUUUAAGGUCGAGAACUACUUCUGCAUGGGCUCUCCUCUGGCUGUCUUCCUGGCCUUAAGAGGCAUCCGGCCGGGUAAUACUGGACACCAGGACCACAUCAUGCCCAAAUCCAUCUGCCAGCGCCUUUUUAACAUCUUCCACCCCACAGACCCAGUGGCCUAUCGACUGGAGCCUCUUGUCCUGAAGCACUACAGCAAUAUUUCCCCUGUCCAGAUACACUGGUGUAACACCACCAAUCCCACUCCGUAUGAUGAGACGAGACCUACGUUACUGAAUCCGGUGAAGGACCCCACGUCGGACACUGAGAGUCAGCCCAGCCCCAGCACCUCGCCUGUCAUGGCACGGAGGCACUACGGGGAGUCCAUCACCAACCUGGGCAAAGCCAGCUUAAUGGGAGCGGCCAGCAUCGGGAAAGGCAUCGGAGGAAUUCUGUUUUCCCGAUUCUCGCGCUCCAGCAGCCAGCCAUCAGGAGUGGACUCCGUGGCGACGGUGGAGAGCGACGAGAAGAGCCAGUCGGCGUAUGGCCUGUCCACGAUGUCCCACUCCACCUCAGCAGUCAUGGACACUGCAGUGGAGCUGGAGCACCGCAUAGACUUUGAGCUGCGGGAGGGCCUGGUGGAAAGCCGCUACUGGUCGGCGGUAACCUCGCACACCGCCUACUGGACCUCCCACGACGUGGCCCUCUUCCUGCUCACCUUCAUAUACAAACCCCAGAGCGACGCUCAGAUGGCCCAGGACCACCUGGACCCGGAGUGAAACAUGGAUGUGUCCCCAUGUGAACAGCUGUGUCCGUCCACCCAGAGAUACAACUGUGCUGGAGCACACUCCUACUCUCACUUUGCCUCUGAUGCAACUGUUUCUUUGUCAUACAAAGACUGAUUGCCAUGUCACCUUUUGCUUGUAUAGCAACCAUUCCCACUAAGCACUAACCAGCACUUCACAUUGGGAAAACAGUCUUUCUCUAGAUUGCACCUCCUGAUUGGAUGGUUUUGACAGUGUUUGAUGUGGGUACUCUUGAGGCCUGGGCAUGGACCCUCAUGGAGUGGUGGGUGAAGUACCUCCACUCCUUCCUGGCCCUCUCCUCACCCGGUCCAGCUCCCACAGCAUACGCCGCAGCAAGUGGCCCAGCCUGGUCCAGCACGAGGGCCUGCACCCAGCUGCUGCGUCUCCUUCUCUCACCUGCUCAUCUGCAGCGAUUUUAACACUUCAAAUUAUGGACAGUGAAGGAGGAGAAAUAAAUGUAUCCACAUGUAAAGAUGCACACGAAGCAAAAAUUCAAUGCAACAUUCAGAGUGGGAAAUAGAUGUAUUUAUUUAUCAAAAUGCUAAUAUAUCUUCAAAAAGUAGUAUUUUUUGCACAGCCUUUUAUGCUAUUUUUUUGGAAAAAGGUAUACGAACACUAAAAUGAUAAUUUUUACUUUAAUAUUCCUGAAGAGGGCUGUUGCUCUUUGCUGACUAACUCUGAGGCCAUAUGUAAACGCACCUCCUUGUGAAACGUUCAUGAAAUUCUUUUUAUAUAAGGAUAUAAAAUAACAUUCAGCAAUUUUCCUAUUCCCUUGGUUUCACAACCAGUUGGUGCUGUCGUGAAACAAAUUCAGAGGCACAUGCAUAAUUAUGCUUUGCAUCGAUGUUGAAAAUGAAAUUGCUGCUGUCCUGAUUUUGUAGCCAAACUUGAACUCCUACCAUUCUGCCUACAGUCUGUUAAGUGAUGAGUCAGACCAUGUGCUGGUAAAUUACCACUAUUGCAGAGGGGGCUAGAACUACUGUGUAGCUCUUAUGGAUUUACCCCUGGACAUCGUACAUUAUGAUUUUAACUCAAGCCAAAUACAGAGUCGAGUGAAGAAACAGACCUACAGGAGUGUUUCAGGCGGGGACACUAACGGGUAUCGCUGGGGCAAGAUGAUGUGUAUAUAGUGAAUGACUGGGUUUAGUUUCAGUACUUUCAAAUGUCCUUUCCCCUCGUGUGUGAUAAGCAGACACUGUUUUGUUUACACUAAAACCCAUAGUAUAUAAAUAUAUUUAUAAAUAUAAGUAUAAAUAAACAUCAUGUUUAUUUUUUACAGAUACACACACAUACACACAUGUAUGUAUAUGGCCAAAAUUGGAUGGACACCCGACCACCUAUGAGUUUAUUGGACAUCCCAUUCCAAAUCCAUGGGCAUUAAUAUGGAGUUGCUACUACUUUUUGCAAUUAUGAAAGCCUUUACUGUUUUGGGAAAGCUUUGCACGAGAUUUGGCGUGUGAGUGUGGGAAUUUCGGUCAAAACAGCAUUUGUUAGGACAGGAAGGCCUGGCUCACAUUCAAUGUUCCAUUUCAUCUUAAAUGUUCAGUGGAGUUGAGGUCAGGGCUUAGGAUGAACAGGCUACUGGAGUUCCUCUACACCAAACCAUAUCUUUAUGGUCCUCAUGCUGAAAUAACAAAGGGCUUUCUCCAAACUGUUGCCAAAAUAUGGGAAGCAUAUAAUUUUCUAAGAUGUCUUUGCAUACUGUAGUAUUAACAUUAGCUUCAUUAGCUUCACUGGAACCCCACACCCCUGUCCCUCCUCCACUAAACUGUACAGUUGGCAGUGUGCAUUCUUGUAGGUUGUGUUCCCCUAGCAACCAGAAAAAAACAAAAAAACAACCAAAUUCACCCAUUAGACUGCCAGUUAGAGAAGCAUGAUUCAUUACUCCACAGAUCAAAGUCCAGUGGCGGCAUCCUUUAAACCUCUCCAGUCAACACCUGUUAGAGAAUUGUGCAUUGUGAUCUUAGGCUUGUGUGCAGCUGCUUGGCCAUGAAAACCCAUUUCCUGAAACCCCUGAUGCACGGUUCUGGUGCCGAUCAUGUUUCCAGAGGCAGCAUGAAACUCUGGUGAGUGGUGUAGCAGAGCAUAAGCGAGGCUGACCUGCUCCACACUUCAGCACUUGGUGGCCCAGCUCUAUGAGGAUGACUGCUCUAACACUUCAAGGUUGAACUGUUCUUGCACCUGGAUACUUCCAUUUAAACAAUAGCACUAGCAGGGGAUGCCUUUCCUCAAAAUAAUGUGGCCAAAGUGGCAGCCUUUGACCAUGCCACAUUUAAAGACAUUGCACUCCUGCAGCUAGUGUUUGUUGCAUGGCAGUGUGCUUCGUUUUAUAUGCUUGCUAUCAAUAUGUGGCUGAAAUACCUGAACACAAUAAUUAGGAGGCGUGUCCACAUACUGUUGUCCAUGUGUGUGAUUGAUAGUGAUGUCCCUCCAUUGUUGUGAUAUUUCACAACUAGCCAAAUGUUUCCACUGCCUGUGAACCUGCUAGAGGAAGGCUCAGCGCUCAUAGUCUUGUGUCUUAAAGCACCUUUGAGAAGAUAAAUAUAAGAUAUGCACAGAAAAAAGAAUGACUUUGUGAUUUCACUUUAGCAAGUGAGUGAAAUGGAGCUACUUCUCACAGGUGGCAACUUGUCUGUUUAGCGUCUGCGCUGGUUUUGAAAUUCUAGAGGAUUAUGAGCUAUGUGAUUGCUCACAUUUUGAUGGCUGAAGAUCGCUUGCCCUGUUGCACCUAUUGCUGUUACAUGCAAAGUCCAUCUUGAUCUAAUCAUUGCAUGUGUUGUGUACACAUGUGUGCAUUGUGUAUAUUUGUGCAUAUGUGUGGAUGCAGGCGUGUGUGUAUACAGUAAGUAAGUGUAGAUAAGUUAGUGUGCCUCCUUGGAUUUUUUCAAAUAGCCAGACUGCCUUUGAGGACCGCAGCCACUACUAGGAGGCCGACAUGGCUUUUCUUUUGCACUGGAGGAUGGACCAGGACUAUUUAUGACUCCUGUUGUUGUUGUUGUUGUUGUUGUUGUUGUUAUUCUUGUUGUUGGCAACAGGAGACAGAAAUUAAUGAAGGACCAGACCCAGCACAUACCUUAGGGCUAUAAAUUGCAGCAAACCAAUUUAAAGAGCCCCUAAAUAUGCUUCUCUGUUUUUCCACUAGUUCAUAGACUCCGUUAUGUUCACAGAAACAGAAUACAAUUUUGCUGAGUUGAUUGCAUUGUGAUUAGAUUUUCCAGUUAAAUGUUAAAUGCCAGUGCACAAAUGUCCGAGUUAGACUGCCUUACGGGGAAUUUGUUGCUUUGGCUAUGUUUCUGUAAUUUCAAAGCAUGCCUCAGACUUCCUGCAUGCUCCACUCACACUGAUGGGCUAAUGGAAUAAUUCAAAACAAUGACACUGUAAUUUAUUUAUUUAUUUUUGUAGAUUCAGUACUAAUGUUUCCACAUAAAUGAUGAUGGUUCUGGAUCUCUCAUUCCAUAGCCUAGACAGCUCAGAGCCAAAUGGUUUGUGCAAAUAACUGUUAUUGGCACUGGUAGCAGGUUCUGGUUCGAGUGCAACGCAUCAGUGAGUAAAGAUGGCAACUUUGUUCUGAUGCAUGCUGAGAUUUUUUGAGGUUUAGUGAUGUUUGAAGAUAUUCUUGGUAUUCUUGAAAACUGGGUUACAUGCUAGGUUCCAUAUGCUAACUUGAUCCUUUUUAUUUAACAUUUAUCCUUUAGCAGGGCAUCUUGUUGUCUUAAAUUAUGUUUACUCAUUUUUACUUUGAAUUUUUACUUAGUGUCAUUGUUUUUCCUUUAUUUAUCAUUGGAAAAUCAUGGCUAACUGGUGCGGUAUAAUAAAAAAUACCCUGUUCUGCA